AUGGAUCCGGAACAACACUCGAAAUUUGCGAUUCAUGAGGCCGCUCGCGAGGGUAGAACUGCAGCUGUAGAGUCUCUCAUCAACGCCAAUCCUCGGCUUGCAACAAGGCGAGAUGAUGACGAACGGCUCCCUAUACAUUGGGCCGUUUCCUACAAUCACAUGCCUGUAGUUGAGCUGCUAGUGUCGAGACAAGACUUUGAUCCCGAUGUUCAAGAUGCUUCAGGCUGGACGCCGUUGAUGAUCGCUGCGAGUUUGCGAGAAGGGGAAUCCUUGGUCGAUAUGCUGCUGAGCAAGGAAGCUGACGUGAACGCGAAGAACUACAGCGGACAGACAGCAUUACAUUUUACAGCCUCAAAAAACAACCUCGAAAUAGCGCGGAGACUCAUAUCCCACGGAGCCACAGCUCGCGUGAAAGACAAGAGAGGGCAAUUGCCUCUUCACCGAGCUGCUGCUAUUGGUUCGGUGCCUAUGGUGAACCUGAUGCUCGAAAAUAAGAGUCCCUUGAACGCUACUGAUAUCUCGGGCCUUACUGCUUUGCAUCAUGCGAUCUCGGAAGGGCAUGGAGACACUGCGCUGGUAUUGCUAAAAUCCGGCGCUGAGACGGACAAGAGAGAUGUAGACGGGAAUCUGGCGAUCGAUUUGGCACCAGACAAGAAGAUACGGCAGUUCGUAUUGCAAAGUGCGGAGAGAGAAGGCGUGGACAUUGAAGAACCGCAGUAG